GUGGAAAAUUCAGUACGCCGUAUGCAGGGCGGCCACGAAUCAGACAUGAGACAUGGGAUAUGAUUAAUUAAAGUCCGGCGGAUCACACCGAGGGUUCUGUACUGUACAGUAAUCUUCUCUUUCUCCAUUCCCCUCCACACAAGCCUCAACCUGCAAUGAAUCUCUUCCGCAACAGCAAGACCCAUCUCUGAUUCGCACGGAAGACGAGCAACCCUUCUCCUAUAAUGUCAGUGGUGAUGACGAUGAACCAUAGCUGUCACUACCACUACCACUACCGCCCCCGUCAUUGUCCUGCCGGGACCUCCAUUAUUUCUUGCUCGCUCCGUCGCCACCACCGCCGCCGUCGAGGCUUACAAAAGCCGAAUCAACCCAAUCCCUUGUCCCCGUCCGAUGAGAAGCUCCGAAUUGUCAUCGACGUCGAGACCGUCGCGAGGGAGGCCUCAACGUCCCUGAAAGGGAUGUUGAAAAGAUCAUCGGUAUUGACCUACGAUGACCUCUUUCGCUCAGGCGCUGAAGCUCUCGAAGACUUGCAAACUCUUAUCGCCGUCGAUUCCGAUCGCAGGGUCGUGCUGUCGUGUCGGAUGUCCACGCUUCAAUUCCUGGGCAAUUUGGUUCUCUGGAGCUGCUUCGUCGUGUUUGCCUUUAGGGUUUUGGUGAAAUUAGGGUUAGGGUUGUGGGGGGCUCGAUUGGGGUUUGAUAAUAAGAGUGGAGUGAUAUGGAGGAGGGACCGGAGUCUUGGGGGUCGAGAAGUAGUAGUUGGCAAGAAAAGGGAUGAUGCGAAGCUUAGUAACUUGAGGGUUCUGAAGAAUCCAUUAUCUCCAGCUCAGGGGAGUGUGAUGAGAGCUUGGCCGGAAUUUCCCAAGAAUUGGACUGGGAGGACGGAGAAGGAGAACAAGUUGCCAGGUUGGUGGCCGGUUUUGCUUCCGCCGCCUGUUGCUGUGGUUGACAAGGAGGAGUAUCAGAGAAUGGCUAACAGAUUGAUUCGAGCAAUCCUGGACCAUAGAAUAAGUGGAAGAGACAUCUCGGAAGAUAGCAUAAUUCAAUUCCGUCGAUUAUGCAGGACAUCUGGAGCAAGGGUGAUAAUCGACACUACCAAUGCACGUGAUUCUUUGUAUCGUGCAUCUGUGGAAUUUGUUCUAAACAUUUGUGGCAGUGCUGAAAAUCAACCUACCUCUGUCCACAUUGAUGGUGAGGAUCCCCAGGCAUUCAUUGCUGGGCUUGCUGAUAACAUUGGACUUGAGGACGGUCGUGCUGCAAGAAUAGUUUCUGCAACUGUUGCUGCACGCACACGCUCAUCCUUUCUACAGGCUUGGGCUUUGGAAAUGCAAGGGAAACAUUCUGAAGCAGAGUUGGAGCUGUUGAAGAUAUGUCUCAUCCACCAGAUAUUUCCUCCAGAAGAGAAUUCUCCCGAGAUGGAAAUGGUGGCUCAAGGCCUCAAGAAGCAUUUAAAAGUAGAACAAAGGAAAUUUUUGAUGGACAUGCUUGACGGGGUCUGCAAGAAAGGAAACCGUACGAGUAUGGCAGAAGCCCUGGGCCUGGUCUAGUCCUGUUGUUCCUUACUGACUUUCCUUGCAAACUCUCCUUGGCGUCACACCUCACGGUUGGAUGCUAUGCUAUGCUAUGCUAUGAUUUCAUGUUUUGGUUUCACGAGUAUGAUUGUGUUUUGCCACCUCUCUCUUGUAGGCUAUUGCACCCGAAGAUGUUUGGCAUCCUCAUUGAAAUCUGUCAAUGUAAAUAAUACCAGGACACUGAACUGUGUUAUAAUUGUUGCUUCCAGGCUUUUAGCAUCUGCAAACUAACAUUAUGAACUGAUUAUUCAUAAUGUGACGCCAAAUAUGGCUUUUACAGCAGCAUCCAGUUGCCAUCAUAUGGCUUUGAAAUUUUGUAAUCUCUUGGGUUAUAGUGUGCGCCAAUCAAAUAUAGAGGAUGUGAUUUUUUUUCUUCUCUUAUGUGUGUUUUGACACCUAGACAGGUGUGCGUUGCGUUUCAAAUC